GGACUACAAGGGGUGUGCAGGGAGUGUUAGGAGGCUAGAGACUCUCUGAAGUGUGAAAGGGGGGGUGCCAUCUGGAGGGCAGGAAAUACCUGAGCUGUAAGGGGAUGUCAGACGACUGGACAUGGUAGGAGGGGAGGGACUGCCUGAGGUGGGAAGCAGGUAUCGGGAGGGAAAGGAAUUUGUAUUUGAGGUGUGAAGGGAUUGUCAGAAGGGUUAGAAGAUUGAAAGUGUGAAGUUUAUGUCGGAGGAGUAGGAGGGGGUGGGGAAGGAAUUGAGGUGUGAAGGGAAUGUCAAGAGGGGAAGUGCUAUCUGAGGUGUGAAGAGAAUGUCUGGAAGGGAGGGAGUAUCUGGGAUGGGAAGGGGGUGUCGGGAGAGGAGGAAAGGUUUGAAAGGGGGAUAGCAGGAGAGAGAGUAUGAGGUUUGAAGGGAAUGCCCAGAAGGAAGGACUCAUCUAAAGUGUGAAAGGGUUAUCAAGAGGGAAAGGCAAUGUCUAAGGUGUGAAGGGAGUAUCAGAGAAGGGGAGAGGGCACCUGAGAUAGGAAAGAAUUGUUAGAAGAGGGAAGAGGAAGGGAGUAGUUGAGGUGUGAACAAUCUCACAGGAAAGGAGAGGAUGUCAAAGGUGUAUGUACAAAGUUGGAAGCUGUGAUUGAAUGAGGAGGAUGUGGAGGAGAUGAAUCCCUACAGUACUUAGCAUUGUUUUCCACAUAGUAGGCAUCAAUCUGAUGAGGGAUGGAUAAAGAGUUGUCCCAUGAUAGGAGGAAUGAAGGGGUAUCUCUAGAGGAGUCAUUAGGAUUCAGGUGAUGUCCAGUGUGGGGAGAUGUAUGGAAAAAUGGAAAGGAUUGAGGGGGAGAAAGUAAUGGCUAUGAAGAAUAUCUAGUAAUAAAAAAUAUAUGGCCAAGGCAAGAGGGUAUAUUAAGUGUUGGAGAUAAAGAGGUAGGAGAGAAAAGUCUAACUGAAUAAGUGAAAGACUGAAGAGUACCCUGUUCCUUACUGAUUUGGUAUCAAGCUCAGAUAGGACUCCUCUCUUGUCAUUUUAUUCAUCUAAUAAGUGGGAUUUAGUAUGUGUUUUGGACUUAACUAUGGGGUUGGGUCUUGGAGCUUAAAUUGGUCCAGGAUGACUUAAGGGAGUUCUUUUGACGCCUACAUUGGGCCUGAACCUUUAUGAUAAUCCUGGAAUGAAGGCUACAGGCUAUGAUUUUGAAAUUCUAGCAAGUUUAAAGUAACAUGUCAGUGGUCUAAUGAAAACUAUUCUUGAAAGUGCCAGAAUAGAAAUAACUUUAUUGGUUGUGUCUGUCAGCUGUCUACUCUAUUGCCAAUUUGACCAAGAGAGCUGGUCUAGAGGGUAUAUUACUAGGGUGGUGGUAGACAAAAGGGAAGAGUCCAAUGCAAUGUGCAAUAAUACAUUUAAGGAGGAUCCUAGUUGGAUGGGUUGGUUGGGAAAGGCUUGCUUCAUAAAAUUUUAGAAGUGGAAGACUUUUAAGAGAUCAUCUAGUCCAACUUCCUGUUUUUGCCAUUGAGGAAACUGAAGUCUCAGGAUAAAGGGAGGAAACAGCAGAUUGGAAGCUCAGCCUAGAGACUUGACAUAAUGGGAAUCCACUUGGCCUACUAUAUGGAGGAAUAGAAUGGCACAAGUGAUUAAAGAAGUAUAGAGGAUUUCUCAAGUCUGAAAAGGGUGGGAACUCCAUCAUGAUUUCAUUUUCAACUCUACAGCAUCCCCUUCCUUGAAAUUUUUGUUUUUUUACUGUAGUCUCAGGCAGUUACACUUAAGCAUGAACAUUGAAGACAAAUUGGAAGGAUUAUUUCUUAAAUGUGGCGGUAUAGACGAAAUGCAGUCUUCCAGGGCGAUGGUUGUAAUGGGUGGAGUAUCUGACCAAUCUGCAGUGUCUGGAGAACUACAGGAAGCAGUGCUUCAAGAUCGGAGUUUGCCACAUCAAGAUAUCCUUGCAGCAGAUGAAGUGUUACAAGAAAGUGAAAUGCGACCACAGGAGAUGAUUUCACAUGAUGAACUCAUGGUCCAUGAGGAGACAGUGAAAAAUGAUGAUGAGAUGGAGACACAAGACAGGCUUCCUCAAGGGCUGCAGUAUGCAGUUAAUGUACCUAUAAGUGUAAAACAGGAAAUUACUUUUACUGAUGUAGCUGAACAACAAAAGAGAGACAAAAAGCAGAUUCGAGAGCCAGUAGACUUGCAGAAAAAGAAGAAACGGAAACAGCGUUCUCCAGCAAAGAUCCUUACAAUAAAUGAGGAUGGAUCACUUGGUUUGAAAACCCCUAAAUCUCAUGUUUGUGAGCACUGCAAUGCUGCCUUUAGAACGAACUAUCAUUUACAGAGACAUGUCUUCAUUCAUACAGGUGAAAAACCAUUUCAGUGUAGUCAAUGUGACAUGCGUUUCAUACAGAAGUACCUUCUACAGAGACAUGAGAAGAUUCAUACUGGUGAAAAACCAUUUCGCUGUGAUGAAUGUGGUAUGAGAUUCAUACAGAAAUAUCACAUGGAAAGGCAUAAGAGAACACAUAGUGGAGAAAAACCAUACCAGUGUGAAUACUGUUUACAGUAUUUUUCCCGGACAGACCGUGUAUUAAAACAUAAACGUAUGUGCCAUGAAAACCGUGACAAGAAACCAAACAGGAAUGCCACCAAGGGUGGCCUUUUGACAUCUGAGGAUGAUUCUGGCUUUUCUACACCUCCAAAAGACAGCUCACUGCCAAAAAAGAAAAGGCAGAAAACAGAGAAAAAAUCUUCUGGGAUGGACAAGGACAGUAUGAUGGACAAGUGUGACCAGAAAAAAGAUAAGAAUGAUUAUAUGCCUCUUUAUUCCUCAAGCACUAAAGUAAAAGAUGAGUAUAUGGUGGCAGAAUAUGCUGUUGAGAUGCCCCAUUCUUCAGUUGGAGGGUCACAUUUAGAUGAUGCUGCUUCAGGAGAAAUACACCCACCUAAGUUGGUUCUCAAAAAAGUUAAUAGUAAAAGAAGUCUAAAACAGCCGCUAGAGCAAAGUCAAACAAUUUCACCUUUAUCCACAUAUGAAGAUAGCAAAGUUUCAAAGUAUGCCUUUGACCUUGUGGAUAAACAAGCCUUACUAGACUCAGAAGGCAAUCCUGACAUUGACCAGGUUGAUACCUUACAAGAGGGGCCCAGCAAACCUGUCCAUAGUAGCACUAACUAUGAUGAUGCAAUGCAGUUUUUGAAGAAAAAGAGAUACCUGCAAGCAAGUAGUAAUAACAGUAGAGAGUAUGCACUGAAUGUGGGUACCAUAGCCUCUCAACCAUCUGUAACGCAAGCAGCUGUGGCAAGUGUCAUUGAUGAAAGCACCACAGCAUCCAUAUUGGAUUCACAGGCACUAAAUGUGGAGAUUAAAAGUAAUCAUGACAAAAAUGUUAUUCCAGAUGAGGUACUGCAGACUUUGUUAGACCAUUAUUCCCACAAGGCUAAUGGACAGCAUGAGAUAUCAUUCAAUGUGGCCGACACUGAGGUGACAUCUAGCAUAUCUAUUAAUUCUUCAGAAGUACCUGAGGUCACCCAGCCAGAGAGCGUUGGAACAAGCUCCCAAGCAUCCUCAUCAGAUAAAGCCAGUAUGUUGCAGGAAUAUUCAAAAUUUCUGCAGCAGGCUUUGGACAGAACUAGCCAAAACGAUGCCUAUUUGAACAACCCGAGCCUUAACUUUGUGACUGAUAACCAGACCCUUGCAAGUCAGCCAGCAUUUUCUUCCAUAGACAAGCAAGUCUACGCAGCCAUGCCCAUCAAUAGCUUUCGAUCAGGAAUGAAUUCUCCACUAAGAACAACUCCAGACAAGUCUCACUUUGGACUAAUAGUUGGUGAUUCCCAGCAUUCAUUUCCCUUUUCAGGUGAUGAGGCAAACCAUGCUUCUGCUACAUCAACACAGGACUUUUUGGAUCAAGUGACUUCUCAGAAGAAGGCUGAGGCACAGCCUGUCCACCAAGCUUACCAAAUGAGCUCCUUUGAACAGCCCUUCCGACCUCAAUACCAUGGAACAAGAGCUGGAAUGGCUUCACAAUUUAGCACUGCCAAUGGACAAGUGAACCUACGGGGACCAGGGACAAGUGCUGAAUUCCCAGAAUUUCCUUUGGUGAAUGUAAAUGAUAAUAGAGCUGGGAUGACAUCUUCACCUGAUGCCACAACUGGCCAGACUUUUGGCUAACUAAAAAAAUGUAAAUAAUAUUGGCACUUUAGAACAGAUUAAUCAAGAGUGGGUUUGCUCUGUAAAAGAUGGAGUGCUGUACAGACUUAAGAGCAAUGUGUUAUAACAAAAGUAAGCUGAUAUGAAUAGCAAGAUAAUCCAAUAACUGAUUUUUUUUUCUUUUUGGUUAGUCAUCAUUCAUUGAACUGCCUUACAUGUUGCCACCUUUAUAGAAGCAAUGUAUUACUUAUUUUAGACCAGAAACUUGCUAUUCAAUCUAUACCAAGUUUAAAAAAGAAAACAAAACAACAGCAACAAAAAAAAAUAAGACUUUCGCACAAUAGUUUCCUGAUAUCAUUGUACAUUCUUGGGAAAUUAGUAAUUGUGUGAAAUUUACGCAUACUGUUUAUAAGUUUUUCAGCAUAGACAUUGCACUUCAGCAGGGAAUCUUAAUAUACUUUGCAGACAGAGUGAACUUAAAAGUUUAAAUGUCAAGAGAUUAUGGCUUAAAAUUAAUGUAUUCUAUAGGAAAAAAGAAAUCUUCCAUCUUUAAAAAAAAAAGAACAAUAUGCCAUAUACCCUUGAUUUUCAUUUUGCAUUAUAUUGAGCUGUGUUUUCUGAGGGGGAAAUAGUAAUAAAAAUCUGAUAGUCUAAGACUCCACUAUUUAAAAGCCUAAUUACUUAAAAAUAUGCAUACUUUCAACACAUUUACCAAAACACACAACUGCUGAAGCAUUUACUUCCAGACUGAAGUGUGCAUAUUGGUGUCAGUUUCUUUGUACAGUUGUACCUAGAUAUUUUUUAUGAUUUUUUUUUCAUGUGCAGGUAUCAAGGUUUUGAGGUUUUAGUCAAAGUAUUCUGUAGAUUACAUUCCCAAGAACAUAAUGCUUUCACAGACUGUAUAUUCCAAGUUUUGAAGCUUAAUUGUAUUUUACUUUACAUAUACACUUUCACUUAACAUAGAGCACUUAGAAUCUAUUUGAUAUUUUUGAUUUCUCAAAGUAAAAAUUUUAGAUUUUUAGGUUUGAUAUGGUUGUGUCUUAAUCAUCUCAUAAAUGACAGUUUUAAUUUUUGGCAAUAAAAGGAAAUUGGGAUGUCUUCGGAUUUGUAAAAAUUGAUUUAAUUUUUCCCUUUCUAGAUUCUUGGUAGAUCAGAUAAUUAAACAGUAUACAGAGAAACUAAGGAACUGGGCAUUUUAAUUGCAUAUUUUACCUUCAGCAACUUCUUGAUGAACACUGUUCAUUAUAGUUUUACAAACCAAAAGUGUUUACUAACCCUAGUAAUUACAAUUUCAUUUUCAGCCUAGUUGAGUAUCGGAAGCAUUUUGUUGCAUUUCAAAACAUAAAUAAACUACAGACUUUAUCCUCACACCAUGAAUCUUUUUUUUUUCCUGAAAAGGCAUGAUUUGAAUAAGAUGUUGGGUAGUUUUUAAUUUUUGCAUUGUAUAACUUCAGUGAUUAUUUAAUUCUGGUGUCCCCUCCAAACUUUUUCCCCCCAACUUUUUGGUUCGCUUGCUAAAAUUCUCCAUCUUUCUCAAACUGAUGUACACACCAGUAUAAGUACCAAUAGUAACCCUGGAAGCUGAUACUUCUUUAUAACAUGGCUUUCCCAACCUAACCUUUAAUGGCCCUACAAAUUUGUGCACCUUGACAUAUUGUUUUCCACAUAAACGAUUUUACUUUUUUGUUGUUGUUGUUAGCCCAUAACUAUUCUCAUAUGGAAAGGGAGCAAGCAAUAUUCACGUUUAUCACAUUUCAUAUUUGUGUUAAACAUAUUGGUAUUUUAAAAUAAGGACCAUCAAUUCAAAGGAUUCUGCCAACUAUUUUUAAUGUGAUUUCCUUCAUACUUUAUUCAUUAUUCUGUGACUUUGAAAUUUUAUAAAUUCCCAUUUGGCAGUUUUUUUCCCUGCCAAAUUUUGGAAAGAACUAGACUCUUUAGAAACAGAGAUUCAGUCCUGCCAUUAUUGGCUCAGCCAUUCAUCAUCUUAAACUGAGUGUGUUAAGUGUCACAUGGUUGUAAGAAGGCUUCUUUUAGAUGAGAUCUUAAAAAUUUGGGGCUGUGUCCAUUCUGGAUGGACAUUAAAUAUUCCACAGCACUUUUUAAUAAGGGUGGUAGGAAUUUGUAGCCUUGGUCAGAAUUUUUUUCAUCUGGGCUGAAAAUUUUUUGUUCAGCUGAAUGCCUGGUUUAAUACUAAGGUAUAGCAUUAGUUUGGGGAGGGGGAUAUUUUUUUCAAUAUCAUGGCUUGUACCAGAAUACUUCUAUGAAUAUGACUCAACAACUACUGAGCAAUUAUAGUAAGCUUAGAGGAGGCCUUUGGUAGAUAAGUAUAUUAUGCAAGUAAAACUUCAGUUGUUGCAUUCCUAUUUUAAAAUAGCCAUAGUUCUUUAAAUCCAGUUACAGGCUUUCCCUAAGAGGUUAUACUAUAAAUUGUUGAUUGACCCUUUAAGUAUUUUGUCUUUUGCUGUUUUAGUUUAAGUAUGGAGCCCAAGUCAAAAGUUACCUUGUAUUGUCACCAUAAUGAUAUCUGUUCUUUGGGUUUUGUCCCUUUUGUUCACCAAGUUAUUUAGCAAAGAUCAGUGCAUAGGUAGAAUGGAAGCUUCAUGCCCUAUCCUGGGCUAGAAUGUCAGGGGUUUGGGAUUGUCUUUUGAAGCUCCUGUUUCCUUUCAGCCUUCCCUGUAGACAAAUUGUGUAUACGAACAUGCUCCUAUAUGUCUAUGCUUUUGUUUGAUUAGCCCUGAGAUAUACUUUUGCACUUCUGCUAUAUCUAGCACUAUACCUUUGAGGAUGAGAAUCAGGUCAGCAUUACACCUUAGAUAAAGCAGUAACUGUUAAACAGCUUAUAAUGGGUUGAUUUUGCCUAAAAUUCUCCACAGUGCACAGACAUUUGGUUUGGUUUUGGAAUAUUUGAUUGACUGUUAUGAAUCUCCGGUUAUCUAUAUGCAAAAUGUCUACUGGUUAUAUUAAUACAUUACUGUUAGAAAUAAUACUCUUGAGUAUUUGCCAAGGAUUCUCAGGAGACAGGGAGAUCCUAACUAUUUGAGAGGCAGAAAGCAACUUGUCCUAGGGAUACUUUCAUUUUCACUAGAUGAAGGAAAGAACUUUUGAAAUGUUAGAUUGGCCUAAUAAAACUCCUUUAAUUUUCCUCAUUUGGGUUUUAAAAGGACUGUUCACAAGAAGCUGGGCAACUUUAACAGUUCAUGUUACUAUAGUUCAUGUUUCUUAAGCAUUUAGCUAGAAUUCACCUUUUCACAGAGCAUUUCCUGAGGAAGCAUCAUUACAGUCAAUGGAAAAUGUUUUUUAAAUCUCCGAUUUAAUUUAAACUUUUUCAGUUUCAAGUUGCUUUAUUUCAGGGAAAGAAUUUUCCUGUUGCUUUUGCUAUACACUGCAAAUAAAAACCUUAUGUUUCCCCCUUUCACUUAACUUUUGGUAGGAAACAAAUUGAAGCAGACAAACAUUUCUUAGUUGUGUUUGUUGCUUUCUGUAAUCCAAUGGAUGGAAAGGUAAAACCCUAUAAACGUUAUUUUAUUUUUUUAUGCAAUACCAUGCUGUAAAUAUGGUUUAUCAAUUAAGGAUGUACCUAUGAUUGAAUCUUUAAUUCUGCACAGUUAGAGUUUAUAUAUAAAUGUGUCUUGACAAUCAAGGACUUUUAUGUGAGUCUUCCUUUAUGAUGUUUAUUAAUGUUAUGCAUUCCAUUUGUUUAAAGUGAGUACCAAUGUGCUAAUUUGUAUUGUCUGAAAGUAUGUAAUGUUUUUACAGCUUGUUUUUAAAAAUCUGUAAAUAUGUACAAACAAAUCACAGUACUGCUUUAUGUUAGAAGGCAUAUGAUGUUGUACUGUAUGUAAGCAAUAAUCCAUAGCAGUGCUAACUUUACAAGUAGCAUCAGAAUAGUUCUAAAAACUGUUUUGGAGUUCAUAAUUAUUCUUAUUUCAGUUAAUGAUGACUAAUCUUUAAUCAGUUUUUAAUAAAUUCCAUUGCCCUCCUGUUGGAGCAUAACAUUGUUUACACAGCAUAAUUUCAGUCGCAGAGGAGACAGGCUUAAAUCUGACUUCAUCUGUACUCACUUUCAGUAAGCAUUGAAUGGCCUUACCACUCUUCUGCAAGAUGGAGGAAGACCGCAAAACUUAGUAGCCAUCACAGUAAAGGAAGGGGUAUAUCUUUCUGCUUCUGUACUGCUUCCUACCUAUUCUUGUGAUUUGCUUUGGGAGGUGUUUUUUGUUUGUUUAUUUUUGUUCUUCAUUUUAGAUUCAAGUCCAUAGCUUCUGAGGUGACUUAAGCCCCAUUAUAAAAAGAGUAGGUCUCUUGAUGUUUCAUAAAUGGUUAAAAAAAUCUAAAAUUUGUACAUUGAUUUUUAGAUACUUAUUUUUCAAGUUUGAGUUCUCAGCUGAUGAGAUGAACUUAUUCAACUUAAAUACAAAAAAGACAAACCUAUCCUAGCUUGAAUUCAGUAGAUAUUAUACUGUACAGAGCAGCAUAACUAUUUGAACACAGAUGUCACUGCUUUAGAAAUAAAACCACCAAUUUAUAAAUGUAUAUGACCUACAUUUUAUAGGAGAAAUGUUUUUAAAUGCUAGUCAUUUAUAUAAUAUGUGCUUUGAAGGAUUUGCUAGUCCACUUCUGUCACUUUUAGUACACUGGUAUCUUUUAUAUGUAAUGUAUGCUUUUUAUUAUUGUGGCAGAGCAUUUCAGUAGAAAGAAUUUUGCAACAAUAUGGGGGAACUUUUUCAUUGUUGGAUUUGAAUUAUACUGGAUUUUAUCUGUGUAGUCUUACUUGUCUUUAUUUUAAUGCUGUCUGGAAGGGAACUUGGUAUCCAAAUAAAGCAGGUAACCUCAUUUUAUUUCAAGGGCAUACUGUGUAGUGCUGAAUUUAAUCUGGAAACCUGAUGAUUUUGAAAAGGAAGAAAUUAGUUUAUAAAAAUUGUACAGAAUAAAUUGUGUGUGAUGGAAACCCUUGGUAAAUAGAUAGUAAAAUACAGUGAAUUUUCUGAUAUAUAGUGUUAUUUUCCUGAGAUCCAUAUGCCUUCUUUGUAUUUCAGCUAAUAAAAGAAGCCCUAUCAUGAAAACUGGUAGGGUAAUAGGUUAUUUCAGUGGAUAUACAGUAUUACUUUACUUAUGCCAUUUUCUUACCCUUUCAUUAUCAUUGUAAAAUUUGAUUUCCCAUUGGUAAUUAAGAAUGUACAUAAUAUAGAUGAUUUUGUAUAAAACUGAAUGAAUUGGGUUUAAGUUUAUGACCGAAAUGAUAGAGUGGGCUCAUAAUUGCUUGAAACUUCAUGAAAAUUUUUGAGAGUUGUAGGGGAAUGAGGGUAGAGUAGUGUGUAUGCUGGGAGUGUGAUGGCAAGUUGCCCCACAACCUGCCAGGAAUUCAACAAAAGAUUUAACGCAAACAUAUUUUAGGUUUCAGAUAUAAAGCAAGCCUUUUCUUUCAAUACUGCCUAGGAGCAUUGAA